CUGUGAAAACUCCAGAUCUUUAUUUAAGGAUUAAAACAAUCCCAAACCCAUUAUGUAAUGUGUUUAUCUUAUUUUUAUGGAGACGUACGAGCACUCAGGUCUGAGUCGAAGAAAGUAAAUGAGAAGAAGUCAAAUCUCCGGGAAAAGAUUUGCUUAAAAUUAUCCCUGUAAGUAUCACAUGGCAUUGUGCCUCUAUUUGACUAGAGGGUGACUCAUUCAUUCAGACUGCACACCCAUUACAGAGAGACAGAGAGAGAGGGAGAGAGACAGUGAGAGAGAGAUGGAGAGCGAGAGAGAGAGAGAGAGGAACAACCACCUACCAAGUGCCAAACUUGAGGCCAACCUCUCUCCUCUCCUCCCAUCUCAUUCUUUCCUACAUGGGCAUUCAGAUGGGUCUGCACACAGCGCAGUAACAGUCUGAACGGAGAACUGAGACGAACUCUCACAUCCCAAGAAACAAAAAAAGGAAAACUAACAGAGAAGCCAAGAAAUAUCCUCCGAAAGAGAGUUUGUUCUUCAUCUUAACAAGGUUUAAAAAGACAGCAGUGAAGUGCAAUGGCGACGCCCAAAAACACUCCUCGAGGUGCAAACACACCGCUGUCCCCCAACCGGAUCACCCGUCUCCAAGAGAAACAGGACCUCUGCAACCUCAACGAUCGACUCGCCGUCUACAUUGACAAGGUGCGCUCCCUGGAGUCGGAGAAUGCCGGCCUGCGCAUGCGCAUCACUGAGUCUGAGACCGAGGUGACCCGGGAGCUGACAGGGUUGAAGGCGGCUUAUGAGACGGAGCUGGCAGAUGCCCGUCAGACUCUGGACUCUGUAGCCAAAGAGAGAGCGAGACUGCAGCUGGAGCUGGGCAAGCUGAAGGAGGACUACAAAGAGUUGAAAGCAAGGAACACCAAGAAGGAGUCAGAGUUGUCUGGAGCGCUGCAGAGGCUCAAAGACCUGGAGGCUCUGCUGAACUCAAAGGAUGCGUCUUUGACUACAGCUUUAGGAGAGAAGCGUAACCUCGAGGUGGAGAACAGGGACCUGAGGGCGCAGGUUGGCAAGCUGGACACCAGUUUGAACGAUGCCAAGAAGCAGCUGCAGGAUGAGAUGCUGAGGAGGGUGGAUGGAGAGAACCGCAUCCAGACCCUUAAAGAGGAGCUGGACUUUCAGAAGAACCUCCAUUCUGAGGAGCUGCGGGAGAUAAAGCGGCGUCAUGAGUCUCGUAUGGUGGAGUUGGACAACGGACACCAGCAGGAUUUCGAGAGCAAGUUGGCCGAGGCGCUGAUUGAGAUGCGUAGCCAGCAUGAACUGCAGAUCAAAAUGUACAAGGAUGAGAUAGAAAAGACCUACAACUCCAAGCUUGAAAAUGCUCGUCUGUCUGCGGACAGGAGCAGCCACCUGGUUGGAGCGGCACAUGAGGAGCUCCAGCAGACUCGAGUCCGCCUGGAGUCUGUGUCCUCUCAGCUCAGCCAGCUGCAGAAACAGCUGGCAGCCAGGGAGGCAAAGAUCAGGGACCUGGAGGACGCCCUGUCUCGGGAGCGGGACACAACUCGCCGCCUGCUCGGGGAGAAAGACAGAGAAAUGGCAGAGAUGAGGCAGCAAAUGCAGCAGCAGCUGGAUGAGUACCAGGAGCUCCUGGAUGUGAAGCUGGCUCUGGAUAUGGAGAUCUGCGCCUACAGGAAGCUGCUGGAAGGAGAGGAGCAGAGGCUGCGUCUCUCUCCCAGCCCUCCGCCUGCCAAAAUGACAGGAAGUCACUCCUCUUCCUCAGGAGCUCUCUCCCGAUCAGUCCACUACUCAAAUCAGGGCUCUUCUGCCAAGAGACGCCGCCCCAACGACACCGACAGCGAGGCCUCAAGCUUCGCAGGCGGAGCUGUGGCCCGAACCCGCAUCACCCAGCAGGCCUCAGCUAGCGGACGCGUCACUGUGGACGAGGUGGACCUGGAUGGAAAAUAUGUCAGACUCAGCAACAAAUCAGAUGAGGAUCAGAAUUUGGGGAACUGGCAGCUGAAGCGGCAGAUUGGAUCUGGUUCUGCUAUCUACUUCAAGUUCCCAGUGAAAUUUGCCUUAAAGGCUGGACAGAGAGUCACUAUCUGGGCCUCUGGUGCUGGUGGAACCCACAGUCCUCCCUCUGACCUGGUGUGGAAGACUCAGACCUCUUGGGGCACUGGAGACCUUUUCCAGACCACCCUGAUCAGUGCCAGUGGAGAGGAAAUGGCGAUGAGGAAGGUGACCCGCACACAGUUUGAUGAAGACGAUGAUGACAUGCAGGUAGCUCACAGCACCUGUGGUGACAGCGAGUACAACCUGCGGAGCCGGACUGUGGUCUGCGGCUCUUGUGGACUUCCCUCAGACAAAUCCACCAACUGCUCCAUGACCUCGGCCUCACGCUCGUUCCGCAGCGGAGGAAUCUCUGAGGGUUUACUUCCACAGUCUUACGUGUUCAGCACCAGCACUCCUCGCAAGACUGGAGCCAGAUUGGAGAGCUGUCCGAUCAUGUGAGCCUCUGGAUCCAUGCUGAAACACAUCACCUGUAUUAGUUUUCAAUUACCAGUUCUUUAGUUAGCAGUUGUAGUUAUUUAGUUAGUAUCAUAUACUUUGAAUCAUUUUCAAGAUACUGUAUGCAAUAAAACUUUGUACUGCUUUUUUAUAAUGUACAUAGGCAUGUUUUUGAAGUAUUUUCUUGGAUUGAAUGGCACUUACUUUUUGUAUGCUCUUGUGUUAUACCUACCCAGCAGUUCAGUACCGUCUUCACCUCCAAACACAACUGAAAGGGAUAAAAAAAGAGGGAUAAAAUCAUCCUUUAUUACAGGUGCUGGCUGUGUUAGAGUGAAGUCUGUUAACAUUUAGAAGCAGCAGGGUUGCUUAUAUCAUUUAAACACGCUUAAUUUGAUUUAAAAAAAAACAUUUAAUUUGAAUACAAUUCGCUUCAGGUUAUUAAAGAAAAUACGCUCAAA